AUGCAGUCGGCGACGCAUAUCAACGAUCUUCCCAACGACGUCCUCGCUAAGAUACUAUGGCACUGCGAGGAGAACACAUCUUGGCUUUCCGACAGUGACGCGUUAUGGUCUCGCCAUCUAUUGUGGCCGAAGCCACAGUACCUUCGCUCAAUCCCGAUCGACGAAGAUUCCAGCCCCGAGGAAGAGACGACUCUAAUUCCAACUCCCUCCGCCGUUCCAAGCGCUGCCAAGAUCGCCCUCCUCUCCUCCGUGUGCCGUCGUUGGCGCGCUCUAGCGAAGCGAGACGUCUCCACCCUCCUCGUGGAACGAAAUCGCGUCAUUUCCCUCCAAGAACUCUCGCACGCCGUCGCUCGCUUCCCGAACCUCACCCACCUCCAUCUGUGCGACGGCAGCGUUGAAACCCUAGACGACAACUUCCUAUCUCACCUCGCAUCGUCAUGUCCCAACCUGAGAAUCCUCCACGUAGGAAGCGAAAUCACGCACGAUCCGGGCUACGCCGGAUGGAAGCAUCAGCACCCGAUCACCGAAGCGGGCCUGGAUCGGUUCUUCAAGCAAUGCUCUCAGCUGGAGCAGCUUUCACUCCUCUGCCUCCAUUUGGACGUGGAGCUACCGCCUUCUUUCUUCCACCUAACACGCCUACACACCCUCGCCUUAACAACCGCCUCCGCCUUAGAAGAUCCAGAUCUGGAAAGCCUCACCGCUCUCACCACUCUCCAUAUCGCCUCCGUGGAGUUGAGCAUUGAGCAGCUCUCGAAUGUGCGUCGCCUUCCCAGCAUUACCACCCUCUCCGUCUCUACCCGGACGAGCUUUUAUCCUGACGACCCAGGCUCGGCUGAGUUCACCAUCGCACAUUGCCUCGAGUUUCGCUGCCUGCCCGAAAACGUUGGGAGAUUAUCUGCCCUGAAAACUCUGGUUCUGGAGAAGCUGCCGCUGUCAAGCCUCCCUGACUCCCUCUGCCAGCUCAGCGCCUUGGAGACCUUCUUUCUGCUCUGGUGCGAGCCAAUCCACGAGCUGCCAGCAGGGUUCGGCUGCCUCACAGCUCUCAAGACCCUUUGCCUCGGACGAGUGGCGCUUCCAGUAGACAUAGGACGGCUGUGUAACCUCCAGACGCUUCUUGUGAGAGAGAGCUCUCAUCAGCGCCAUCUCCCGUCCUCCUUAACCGAGAUCUCCUCGCUGACAAGGCUGGAGCUGGAGCUGUGCCACGUGGAAGCGCUUCCAGAGGGCGUGGGAGAGCUGAGCAACCUGCGGGAGCUGCACGUCUCCUGCUGCUCGCAUCUCACGGCCCUUCCAGCGUCGGUGACGUGCCUGACUCGCCUCGAAACUCUCACACUCUCCGGCUGCAGAGAGCUCGCCUUCGUGCCCACUGGGUUGGACGGCCUUACAAGGCUCAAGCAGCUGGUGGUGACUUGGUGUGACGCGCUGAAGCACCCUCCUCAGGUCCUGCCGGCCUCGCUUGAAGGCGCGGGACACGUCCAAAGGCUGCCGCCCGAUAUGGGGACGGUGUUGCCGCAGCUGCGGAAGCUGAAGCUUUGCGCGGACGAGUUGAGGGAGCUGCUAGCGAGUGUCACAGCUCUUGAGAACCUCACGAGCUUGGAGGUUCACUAUGCGUCCCAACUGGCCUCUCUCCCAGAUGGCAUCGGUGCCUUGUGUCGGCUUCGGCAGCUGCAACUCCUUUUCUGCGAGCAGCUUGAGCAGCUGCCUGCCUCUCUCACCUGCCUUACCUGCCUGAACGAGCUGGCAAUUCCGCACAGCUCCAUCCGCUCCCUGUGUCCCAACUUUGCGCGGCUUACGCGACUCAAAUCUCUGAGCUUGUCGGGCUGUGCGAAGCUGCAGGCGCUGCCAGGGGAGAUGAGUGAGCUGAAGAAAGCGGGUGAAUCAUAG